ACCCCCCAGCGCUAGGAGUGGCCAUGGAUAUCCUGGAGCUAGAUGCCCACUACAGGAAAAAGGCAGCGGCCAACAAAAGGAGUUUGCUGUAUAAGCUGCUGCCUUUCGCCAUCUCCUGCACGUCGUACUUCAUCCUCUGGCUUCCUGAGAGCAGUGUGCAGAGUGCCACCGUCAAAUGCCUCCCAGUCCUUUCCUUGGCAUUCUUCGUGGCUUCCCAUGCCUACAGUGUGGCUGUUUUCACACCAUAUGCCCGCCACAUUUUCCGAGGCCUGCUGUUCUCAGCGGUAGGGGACAUCUGUUUGGUGUGGUCAGAACUUUUCCUUCCAGGGAUGGCUGCUUUUGCCGCAUGCCAGGUCUCCUACAUCUUAGCCUUUGGCCUGAGCCCCUUUCGGCCCUUCACCUUCCUGGUGGUUCUGGGGCUGGUGGCCACGGGGUACGUCACCCUCGUCUUUCCCUGCCUUGAGGGCGUCUUUGCCUACGCCGGGGCAGCCUAUGCGGCCGUCAUUGGGACCAUGUGCUGGCGUGCGCUGUCCCGCAUGGAAGCCCAGCUGAGCACUUCGCUUGGCAGCGUGAUCUUCAUCGUGUCCGAUCUGUUUGUCGUCCUCCAUCAAUUCUGCUCCUCCUCGCUGCCUCAUGCCCGCUUCCUGAUAAUGAGCACCUACUUCACGGCCCAGGCUUUGAUCGCGGUGUCUGCGGCCUCCCGGAAGGUCUCUCAGAAGGAGAACUGAGCGCGGGACUUGGGC